GGUUACUCUCCCUUCUACUUGCUCUAUGGAUGGGAACCUAUCCUUCCGUUGGAAGUGGAUAUUCCCACAUGGCGCAUUAUCGAUUGGAAGAAGAUCUCCACCACAGAAGGUCUUCUUGAUGCCAGGAUCAGGGUCCUUCAAAGACGAAAAGAGGAUGUCGAGACAGCCAUAACUAAAGUAGCUGCGUUCCGCAAUCAGCUUGCUACCAAGAGAAAUGAGCAGAAUCUCUUCCGUCUUCGAAGGAAGCAACUCAAGCCAGGAGAUUUAGUCUUGAAGUUUGACUACACUAGAAUGCGUGAUUUGACAACCAAGGCCAAGAUGAGGCCGAGAUGGUUAGGUCCCUAUUGCAUUUCGAAGCAGUCGCCAGUCUCUCGUGCCUACAGGCUCGAGACUCUUGACGGGAUUGUCUUUGACAGACCCAUG